UUCUGCACCGCACAAUAGCUAUUUUAAUUGUAAUUUUCCUUGACACAGUUAGUUCACAUCUCAAAUGAGUCACUCAAUAACUGGCCAUCUUAGAUGAAAAUGACAAGCUGAAUUCACCCGAUGAGACAAUUUUCUGAGAACUCUCAUUCUUUCACUCUCUCUCUCUCUCCGCUCUGCUCCACUUCUCAUACAAUGAGAUUGCUUCUUCAGCCUCCCGUGCCUCGACGAUAACACAAUUUCGCGCUGACACUGGCUGACGGUCGUGGAUUGAGGACAGACCGAGAAGAGCCAAUUUCAUGCUAAUAGUUAAAAACGCGGUGUAGUAGACGGACAUUACAUCUAGUUGGCAUCAUUUAUCCUGCGUAGACGUAGACUAUGGAGAUCCAGUGUUUGGAAUAGAUUCCAGUGUAUCUAAAACGAUGAUGACCGGGAUUACUUCGGGCACGGGCUCGGCUUCGUGCCGUUUUGCCCACUACUUCGUGGUUUGUGGAUUGGACACGAAGACUGGUCUAGAACCCGAGGAACAAGCAGGUGAGAGCUUUGAGCAGAGCCCCAUCCGGAGGUCCUUUAAGUCCAAGGUUUUGGCCCACUACCCUGAGAGCACAGAGAGGCGGCCCUUCAACAGAGAUGCAGUCAAUAUGCUCUGCAUGCCUCGGGGCCUGUCCUUCCGCACUCAGACGGACGACCGUGUCCCCUUCUUCCACUCCUUCACCGUCUCCCAGGACGACGGCACGCGCUUCUACGGCUUCGUGCAGACCUACUACGAGGAGGUGACGAGUGCCCAGAUCACCAUGGCGAUGCAGACCCUUCAUCAGAUGCAUCGUGUCGAACACCACUCCUCGUCCUCUUCCACCUCCUCCUCCGCCUCCUCCCCCUCCACUUCCAGCAUGGACUCUCUGGUGAACAGCCUGGAUGAGUCGGACGCCGACUCCCUGGCAGAGCGCCCCCUGUCGGCUUGUCCUUGCUGCGCGACCGGCUUCUUCCAGUCGGCUCAGGACACCCUGUACGCCUCCAAGGCCCUCUGUCUCCUCACGCCCCUCCCCUUCCUGCAAGCCUCCCGCCACUUCCUGACGCAGCUGCAUCAGGCAGUGGCGGCGAGCGACGCCCCCCCGCUCCCCCUGGAGAGCUACAUCCACAACAUCCUGUACGAGGUGCCCGUGCCGCCACCUGGACGCUCCCUCCGGUUCCACGGCGUCCAGGGGCCCAUCAUGUGCCAGCAGCCCGGCCAAGAGGAGCUCCCGCUGGGCGACUACCCACUGGGAGAGGCCUUCUCUCUGCUGGGGGUGGAGAACCUGGUGAGGCUGCUCACCUCCGUACUGCUGGAGAGCCAGGUCCUGCUAUUGUCAAACGACUAUCAGCGGCUGAUGACGGUGGCGGAGAGCAUCUCCACCCUGCUCUUCCCGUUCCAGUGGUGGCACAUCUACCUGCCUGUCCUGCCCGCAUCCCUGCACCACCUGCUAGAUGCCCCCGUGCCCUUCAUUAUCGGGAUCCAGCGCCGGGAUGCCAGCGCCCAGCGCUCUACUAUGGAUCUGUCCCAUGAGGCCAACCUGUGCUUUGUGGACAUCGACAACCAUCAUGUGGAUCUGCCCGAAGAUCUUCCCCUCUUCCCAGACCAGCUGGAGCUCAUCCAGGAGCUAAACGAGGUGCUGCUUCGCUUCGGCCUGCAGACACACGCUGGUGCCACCAUCACCAACAAGCCCGACCCAGCCGCUCCCCCCUGCCUCAGCAGCCUCGUCUUGGAGGACCUGAUGGAAGACAGGCGCAAUGGCAACCUGGGAAGGGAGCAGCUGGCCGUGCUGGAGCGGCUGCAGGCGCUAGCCAGGAGGUGCGGAGGAACGGCAGGAGGGAAGACACUGGGACGGGCGUUCGAGGAGGAGGAGGAGGAACUGAAGGAGGCCAAGAUGAAUGUGCAGCUGAGGGAGGUGUUUGCCGGGCGCUUCGCCACCUUGUUUGGGAGGUACGAGGAGUUUGUGAUCCACAGCGCGCCUGACCUGGAGUCUUGGCUGAGCAACCGAGAGGGAGUGAGCAACUUCGAUAAGGGCUCCUUCCUGUCGACGCAGCCGACCCAGCACUUGCACUUCCUGUCCAGGUUCCUGGAAACGGCCAUGUUCUCGUCGUUCGUUGACAGCAAGGUGUUGUCUCGCUGGGCUGACCGGGAUCCGAUCCAGCGGGUGUUCGACAGGCGCUUGGAGAAGGACCGCCUUUACGACACGUUCGAGGACGACCCCGGAAACCGCCGCUACAGGAAGUGUGCUGUGCUCCAUGAGUCAGCCCAGGCCGUGGAGCGCAGGCUGCUGAAGGCGGACCACACGGCCAUCCACCCCCACCUGUUGGACAUGAGGAUCGGCCAGGGACGACACCAUCAGGGCUGCUUCCCUCGGCUCCAGGCUGACGUCCUGGCCCAGGGACACAACACUACCAAGUGGUCAGGUCGUAACGCUCGCAGAAGCGACCCUAGGAAACCAGUGACCUCCCCGGAGACCACGUCUGGACUGGACAAUGAUCUGAGAGAGAAGUACUCUCCGGGACGGAGGAGCCUACGCCAGUCCAAGCUCCUUGACCCCUCCCCCUCGGCUGUCACUCAAACCAAGCGUGGGUUUGUGGACGGGCUGCUGCGGGAGUGUCGUCUGAAGACCAGGCGUAUGUUGAUGGAGAGGAUGGGGAAGGAGAGGGCGGAGUCGAGCCAGGUGGAGGCCGGCAUCACGGGCCUGCAGGAAAACACGCUGAUCCACAGCAUCUGCGUUCUGCUGGAGAGGACCUGGGCCCACGGGCUGAAGAUGAAACAGAAGAGAUCUGCACUGUGGUCUCACCUGCUCCACUACCAGGCCAACGAGGAGAAGGCGGAGCCAGGGUCCCCAGCCGAGUCUCCAGUGUCCGGUGGGUCGGACAGCAGGAGGCUCAGGGAUGGGCUUCCACCCCCGAAAGGCUCCUUCGCACAGGAAAUAAGGUUUGUCCAGACUAUGAACGAAAGUCUGAGUGAAGUGGGACGGGCACGGGCCUGGGUCUAUCUGGCGCUGGAGAAGAAACUUCUCUCACAGCACCUCAAACUGCUGCUGACCAAUCAGGACCUACUGCGGCAGCUGUAUAAGCCCCAUGCGUUCCUCCUGUGUGAGGAAGAGAGAGAGCAGUUCCUGUUUCACCUGCUGUCCCUAAACACUGUGGACUACUUCUGCUUCACACGCACAUUCACCUCCAUCAGCAUUCCGUACCGUGUCGUCAUAAUGCCCAUGAAGAAGCUGAGCAUUGCCAUGGCAAUGUCCAACCCCUGGGUGUGCGUGUCUGGAGAGCUGGGUGACUCUGGGAUCAGGCAGAUCCCUAAAAACACACAGGAGAUCUACUUCCACUGUCAGAAUCUGGGCCGUCUGAGCACCCUGCAGUUAGGUCAGGAGAACUCUGGUCUAUUAGCCAAGUGUCUGGUGGACUGUGUGAUCGUACACAAUGAGAUCACUGGACACACCUACAGGUUCCCGUGUGGGCGCUGGCUGGGGAAGGGCGUGGGCGACGGCAGCCUGGAGAGGGUGCUGAUUGGUCAGCUGGUGUCACCCGGAGGAGAGGAGGAUUCUGGAAGGUGGGCGGGGACGCCCCCGGAGCAGGGCUCGCCCCCUCAGAUUGGACUCACAGGUGGUCUUGGGUCCCUGGGGCGCUGCAGCAGCCACAACAGACUGUCCUCCGUCCAGGUUCAGGAGGAAAUAAGGGAAGCAGUGAACAACCUCGUCAAGCACUUUCACAAAGCUGAGCCGGAGAGGGGGAACCUGACUGCUCUGCUGUGUGGAGAGGUGGGGCUGGUGCGCUCCCUGGAACAGUUACUCCUCCACGGCUUCAAGUCCUCACGCUUAUUCCAGAGGAGUGUGUUCAUAUGGGACUUUGUGGAGAAGGCGGUGGUUUCCAUGGAGACAGCAGAUCAGAUGGGUGACUUGCAGGGGUCAACGGAACUGUGUGACUCGAUGUGUCACUAUGUUAACGCCAUCAACGCCACAUCGCGGAACAUCGGAAAGGAGGGCAAGUUCCAGCUGUGGGUGUGUCUUGGAGUGAGGGACCAACUGCUGUCCCUGUGGCUCCCCCUGUUGGCUGAGAGCCACCUGGCAGCGCGUCUCUACGAGGAGACGGCGCUGUUCCGGGACCGCGCCGCCGUCCACUCCCUCUCCCGCCUCCUUCACACCCUCCGCGAGUUCCCUAUCGCCCUGGAGACGGCCCUCGUCAAGGGGGUCGACCUCUAACCCCGACUGCCGCAGAGGAUUUGGAGCAUCGCCCCCCCCCCAUCUCCAGGCUGCACAUCGCACAAACGGGCAGCCGGACCUCAACAGUGUCCAGUGACCGCCCCCCUCCUGGGAAGUCACUUGAAACUCUUGAGACGAAGCCAGCCAGGCCAUGAGCCAGACCAGAGCUGGACCGCUGAACACUAAUGAGAAGAGGAACUGAUGGUGUGAGACUUGGGGACGGGAGGGAUAAGCUCAAUCUGGGAGGGUGCCGAUGAGCAACUUCUGCAGGUCUAUAGUGCCACAGGACAGUGGGCUUGUUGCCUCAUUCGCUGAUGUAAAUGCCAUUAAAUCCACUUCAAUGAAAACGUGACUAAGUAUUAUUCUCUUCUUACGCUUGAUUACACUGUGAUCCCUCUCUUGGAGUAGUAUGUUGGAUAGGCUCCCUUUAACUCGACAGGCUUCAAUGUCUCAGCUCACAUCUCGAAGAACCAGUGAGGAGAAAAGAGUUGCGGGGGUAGAGAGGCCUGAGACAUCCACCUUUUGACCCUAGGCUUUCAGGCCUACUUAUUGCUGUUAUGCUUACCCUUGGAAUAUAAACCUGACACAUGCAUGGCCAUAUCAGGGGUGUAUUCGCCCAGAACCAGCCUAGGAACUGACCUGAACUAAUCCAAUAAGAAAA